AUGAACUGCGUCAUGACGCUGCUGGCAAGCGCCCAGGAGGCCGAUGACGCGUCGGUGCUCUCGCUCCCGCGCGGCGACGGCGAGACUGCCCUACAUGCGGCAGCUGCCCGUGGCCACAACGAGGUUGUCGGCCUCCUCCUUGCCAUGGACGCCGCACCCGACACACCCGGCGGGGUCCUGGCCGCCACUCCGCUGUGGCUCGCUGCCCGCGCCGGACACACCGCCGUUGCCGAGAUGCUGCUCAACGCUGGCGCGAAUCCGUCAGCAUGUGCUGCAGGCCGCGUCUCGGUCAUGGGUGCCGCCGCCCGUUCCGGCGAGCCUGGCCUGGUCUCGCUGCUGCUGCGGUACGACGCCGACGUGGCGACUCCGGACGACCUUGGCUUUGCUCCGGUCCACGCCGCAGUCAUGUCGCACGCACGUGGCGCCAUUGGCGUCCUUAGCGUGCUGCUCGAGGCGCUGAGUGGCGUUUUGCAUGUUCCGCGAGCCGCAGAUCGCGCAAGAAGCUCGCUAAUGCAUCUGGCGGCCCGAUACCGGCGAUGGGAAAACGUGGCGCACUUGGUAGCAGUGGCAGGCGAUGGCGCUUUCGGCGUACUGUCUGCCUGUGACGCGGAUGGGUGCCGCCCAGUCGACCUGCUCACCGCGCCCGAGCCAGCCAGCAGCCUGCUGCACGCUCUCAUCCGCCAGCGGCUUGUUGCUGUGAUACAUGUCUGGCUUGCCGGCCUUGCCGAGGCGGGCGAGACCGAGGCACUGGACGCCGCGGUCUCCGUCCGUGAGAGCCGAAGCGGAAACACACCGCUUCACGCGGUGGCGAGCCUCGAUGACGCCCGCGGGGCGGACGUGGCUUCUUCCAUCCUGGCUCAUGCUCCUGGUGUCGACAUUGACACCGCCAACCACAACGGCGACGCUGCGCUGGCGCUGGCGGCGCUGUUCCGGCGGCAGGCAACGGUGGAGACGCUUCUUGAGGCCGGUGCUGAUCCGGACGCCACGAAUGUGCGCGGAUGGACCGCGCUCGACUAUGCCGUCUCCAACUCGGACCUGGACAUUAUGCGGCUGCUGCUUGCAAAGCGCGAUGCGAGCAAGCCGCUCGCGGCACGGUACAUGGUCAAGGCCAUCCAACGCAACGCCGCCAAUGUUAUGAGAGUCUUGAUUGGUGCUGGCGCACCCAAAGAUGCUGCGGUGUCGUGGACAGGCGCCGGGAAUGGCUCCGACGUGGCGCAGGUCUCGCUCGUCGGCUUGGCUGCGGUCGAGCGGGCGUACGCUGCUCUGCGGCUGCUGCUCUCCACAGGCGCGAGCGUCGAUCUGGCUGGCACAAUCCACCCGCUUGUGGCACUCCUCCGAGCGCGGCCGGUGGUGGAGGGCGGCAGCAUUGCGGUCCGAGGCAGCGGAGGCGGCGCGAGUGCGAGCAAGAGCGUGAGUUUGUCCGGCGACAGCCAGCUCAAGCGCUCGCUCUCGGGAUCGACUUCGUUCGACUCCCCACACGCGCUGGCAGAGGGGAGGCGUCGCGGGUCCAGCGGCGGGCGGCGUGGCGGCGCCGGCGGCGAGCGGUCGGCGACGCUGCCGCGAGCCUCCGAGGGCCGGGCGCCGAUUGCCGAGCUGAACACUAUGGCAGCGCUCAUCCUCCGCAACACACUCCCGCACCGCAAGCGUAAGUCGAACAAGAGCGCUGCGCUGUCGGAUGCAACGCUUGCGGUGCUCUCGAACGCGCUCGGCGCGGCGCUGGAGGCCGGCUACGACCAGAUUGUCGCCGACUUGCUCAAGGCUGGCGCGCCGUACGAUGAGCCGCUUGCGGCGCACGGAGGUCGAACCGGGCUAGAGCUGGCACGGACGCCGUACGCGCAACACAGCGUCAACGCGCGCCAGGCGUCAGAUCUUCUACUUGGGCGCGAUUUCAGGCAAGGGCGCGAUGAGAGCUCGACGAGCAAGAAGUGA